AUGCAUCUGCCCGUGCAUCUCGUUCGCCCAAGCCAGAGCCUUGCGUCAAACGGCCAACCUGCGCGCACAUUUGACAAUCGACAUCUCACAUUCGACACCGCCAAGCACGACUCUUUACACUUUGACGCACGCAGAGUCGCUCAUCUCUCAAGUCUCACAAUUGCGCUUGCUUGGUUUGGCUUCGCGACAACUUCCUCUACCUUUCCGAGCAGUGCCGUUACGGAACCACACCAAUCCAGAAAGCGACGACUCGACAUGGCCAGAUUUAGUCCUAGACCUUGGUCGGCGCCGUUGCUUGCCUUGCUCGCGCUGGUCGCUCCAUGCGUUGCCGACGAGACGGCACAUGGCGAGCCUCACAGAUUGGCCGCGACCCCAACAGUGACGGCGGCUCCCAUCUAUCUGCCGUACUAUGACGAGCGCGCGUGGUCGCUGGUCCGAGGGAGCAUCAUUUCAACGGAUCCCUCCGCCAGCAGAACAACGUUUACCAUUUUCUGCCCUACGGAAACGCCCCUCGCAUGCGACUUGUCUCUCGAAUUCCCCUUUGUCAUUGUGGAGGGGCCCGGUACGCUCGAGUUCCAUGGAACGGUGACCUCGACAUAUAUUGCCGACGUGGAGUGCGACUUGAAGGGCACAACGGCUGCAACGUGCUCGGGUUACUCGAGCUACAGAUCCGGUUACACGAACGCCCACCACACUGGGCCAACACAGGUUUCAUGGACGACCACCUUUACUGGAUCAGAGGUGCGGUGGGGUACCUUGACGAUGGCCGAACCCCCUGGGGCAACUGACGAUGACUUUGACCCUGCCGGAACCAUGACCACGCCCUCGGCUCCCUCUGGGAUGAUGUACGAGCCGUCGCCGACGUCACUAGGAUCGAAUCUGCGCGUUUCCGGAUCACGGUCGCUUUAUGGGCUCGUGACAGGCAUUAUGGCCGUAUACCUGGCGUUAUAG